UAGGGCGAAGGAGCGGGAAUGUCGUCCGUGUACGUGCUCGAGCCUCUCACCAAGGGGAAGGUGGUCCUCCACACCUCCUCCGGGCCUCUGGACAUCGAGCUCUGGGCCAGGGAAGCUCCGCAAGCUACCCGGAAUUUCGUCCAGCUCUGUAUGGAAGGCUAUUACAACAACACAUUGUUCCACCGAGUGAUUCCAAGCUUUCUUGUUCAAGGGGGCGAUCCCACGGGCACUGGCAAAGGUGGUGAGAGCAUCUACGGAGAACCUUUUCCCGACGAGAUUCACACGCGAUUGAAGUUUCGACAUCGAGGUUUUGUUGCCUGCGCAAACGAGGGAAGGCCAAACUCGAAUGGCAGCCAGUUCUUCAUAACUUUGGAUCGCUGCGACUGGAUCAAUGGCAAGCACACGAUCUUUGGAAAGGUAACGGGAGAUACGAUUUACAAUCUGUUGAAGAUUGCAGAGUGUGAUCCUGACGAAGAUGACCGGCCGACAGAUCCUCACUCUGUACUUUCCACUGAGGUCGUUUGGAAUCCCUUUGAUGAUAUUGUACCGAGAAAACUUCACAAACCUGUGGAUAAGUCCGGAGCCAAGACAGAAGAAAAGCCAGUCAAGCAGAAAAAGAGAUUAAAUCUAUUGUCUUUUGGUGAGGAGGCUCUUCAGGAAGAUGAAGAAGCGUCUGUCAUCAAGGAGAAAAUAAAAAGCAGCCAUGAUGUUCUGGAUGAUCCGCGAUUGCUGAAAUCUCAGGUCCCUGGUCCCGAAACUAAGGAGGACAAACAACGUGAGCUAAGUGCAGUUCGCCAAGCCUUGGCAAACAAGAACCCUUUACCCGCACAGGAGGAAGAAGAUGUUGCGAGUGAUGGGGAAGACCAAGAUCAAACUUUCGACGAGAAGAUGAGGCAAAAGCUUCUUGAAAAGAAGAGGCUCUGGGAUCCUCAACAAGAAACAAAAGCUAAAGCGGUAGCAGAAAACAAAAAAUCCAAGGUCAUCCAAAAACCGGAGAAAGACGAUGACGAUGACGAGGACGAGGACGAAGAGGAGGAAGAGAGUGACAUAAGGAAAGACAAACUAGUGAUCAAGAAGCGGGGAUUGGGAUCAGAAGCAAGGGCAGAGAUAGCGCUCAAGACCGACGUCGAAAUGCAGCUUCUAACUCCCCAAGAGCAACGACGGCAAAAGGUUAAGCAACACAAGCGGAAUCUCGGCAGUCGGGAAGAAACAACAAUGGCCUUGCUGGAUAAGUUUCGGGAGAAGCUUUCCAGUCACAAAGCAGCCGAGCCUGACAAGGACGAAGCGUCGGAUAUUUUGAGUCACAAGCUCAAGUUCGAGCUGGACAGAAAGGAUAAAAUGGCCAGGAAGGAAGCGCUCGACCACUACGUAGUUGUGGAUCCUUUGUUAGAGAAAGGCAAAGAGCAGUUUAACAAAAUCCAGGCCAAGAUGAAGAGACGCAACCGCGAAUGGGCCGGAAAGUCCUUCACUUGAAAGUCAGAUGUCUGUAAUUUAAAACCUUUGUUGUAAAUAUUUUAAAGUGUGAUUUGUAAAUAUUAUUCAAAAAUGAAAACUA